AUGGAGGUAGACAGCAACCUCCAGGGAAACCACGAGGAUCCAAAUGGGAGUACCGCGGAAGCGUCCCUGGCAUGCAAUUGCUGCCGUCGGCGAAAGUUGCGCUGCUCUCGGGAGGUUCCGACAUGUCAGCAUUGCCGCAAGACAGCGACUGAGUGUGUUUAUGAAGCCAAGCGUGCCAAGCCGGGAAUGAAAACCGGUGCCAUUGACAACUUGCAUCGUAGACUUGAUGCUUUGGAGAAACUGGUUCACCAGAAGAGCAUCAGCGAUGCAGAGCGCACCAGGUCUCAGUCUGCCCCAUCUCAGAGUGACACUGAUGCCAGUCCUUAUCACUUACUGUCAUUCUUCACUAAAGAGUUUCAAAAGUUUAUUGAAAGUCGAGAACAAGCACCUGGAUCUCCGCCUCUCCAACCUCCCGCAUCAGUAAAUAGCGGAGGCAAGCGUCGUCGAUUAGACCGUGAUCUAUCUUAUCAUGCCGGACUCGGUGUUGAAAGUGCACGAACGCACACAGACGACGAGCUGCAGCCCAUUCUUGAUGCAUAUUUUACACAUCUACACCCGUGGAUCCCAAUGAUUCACGAAGCUAAAUUUCGUCAAAGGCUUUCCGAUGACGAUGAACAUCUACAAAUAAUUAUCCAGGCUAUGGUUCUGGCGACGACUAAGUACAUCAAGGAUCCUGAAGUAGCUGCAAGCUUUCUGCCUUCCCACUCCCAGAUGCAGCAGCUGAGGGACAGCAUUGUUGCCACUGCAAUGAGGCAGCUGACUGUUGAGAAUUCGCAAGCUCUUCUCAUUGUCGCCUUUAAUGACAUUGGUUGUGGUCUUGCUGCUCAGGCAUGGUCCAUCGUUGGUGCACUGACCCGCAACGUUGAGUACCUUCAGUUGGCAACAGAGAAUGAUGAAACCGACAGGCUGCGUCUGUCUCAGCCCUUUGCAUCUCUAUCUCCCCCCAGAGACUGGACGGAAGCUGAAGAAAGGCGAAGGGUAUUUUGGAAUGUUUUCAAUCUUGACCGUCUUUGCUCUGUGAUGACGGGAUGGAACACGAGUCUCACCUCUGACGAUGUCAACCGCCGCUUACCAUGCGAUGGUAUCAAGUGGCGGAAGGAAGAUGCCGUUGUUACGCCUUACUUUGGGAUUUGGGAUAAGUCUGCCGGCAGGAUCGGGAACCCUCUCCUACUGCUCCCUCCGUACUAUCCCGCUACUGGAUCUCAGCCUGCCGAUCAACCUUCCCAGACACCGUCUGACACUGGAACAUCUCCCGGAGGGCCUGCUGAACUUGUCGAUAUGUCUACAGUAGGGGCAUUUGCAUACUCAAUAGAAGCAACCGAGUCUCUGAGUCGAGUCACAACCUACUUUCUGCAACAAAGGGUCAACAUGCACGACCCGAAAGAUCUUAGCAGUUGGCUUACCCGGUUCAAGGAGCUGGACCUUCGUCUUAUUCACUGGAAGAUGCUUCUUCCUCAUAAAUGGAAGGUUGACGUAACACGUCAGCACUCUAGAAUGGAUCCUAACCUCACAUUGGCGCAUGUUACACACAACGCCUCUAUGAUCCUCCUGCAUCAACUGAUCGCCUUUCCGCUCUCUCACUGGCCAUUCAAAAACCGUCUGCCCAGCCUUUGCAGCGCGGAUACAUGCCACGCAGCUGCAGUCGAGAUUUCUAUUAUCGCGGAGAAUUACCUCAAAAAUGCCCCUGCAGCGGUUCCGGUUUCCAGCCAGUUUGCCUUCUGUCUGUAUGUCGCUUCGCGAGCACUUCUACUGCACUCAAGGCACAGCAAGGGCUCUGGCCUUGCGCCGCAGUUUUGGUCGUUGGUAGACAGCCUGAAGGCCAUGGCCCGACGAUGGGUUGGACCAAAUGCCGUAGAUACAGAUCCCUCCCAGGCGACUAGUAUCGCCGAAAAGUAUGCCCAGAAGUUGACUGAUAUGUAUUCCGGCAUUACCAAGGAUCCCUACUUUCAGCUCUCUGUUCUAGGAUACACCAAUGAAAUUGAUCACUCGUCCCCAUUGCCCGUGUCGCCGAUGGGUAGAGUUCAACUUCAGGACCAAGAGAAAAGUUACCAAUCGUCUAGCUCGCAGCCGCUAGAUUUCACAUACUCAAUGGAGAAUAUCGAAAGCCUCGAUGCAGCCCAUACGCGUGGGACAUCCACAGAAAGGGCGAGAAGGAGGAGGAAUCAACCACAAAGAUUGCAGCAUCAAGAUGGACCUGUCGCUACCGAAUUGGCGGGUGAUCCCAUCCGGCUAUCGAUUCAAUCAACUGUGGGAGCAGGCGAGAUACAGCCGGUUGAACAACCCCAUCCGUACACUGGAGGAAGCGUUGAUCUUGGUUCUAUCUCUCAACUGCUCCUCGAUCAGCAAUUCAUGGAUAUGGACCGGAUCAUAAGUUACGAUGAUGGGAUGUUCGGAGCUGAGUAUUAG